AUGAAUAGUUUGAAAGAGACGCACAAAUUGGCCGAAAUGAACCACAAGAAGAACGACAAUCUGAAGAAUGCGUUGAGAAUCAGUACACAGUUUAUUGAGGGCUCGUCUCUCGAUCCGACCCGUAAGGCGAAGGAGGCGGCGGCCAAAGAGGCCCUCAAACAGAAACAGUACGCUAUUAUUCCCGACUCUCCCAAACAAAUUGAACCACAAAUUGAUAAAAUUGAGAGCAAAAGCAAAGAGAAGAAGAGUAAAAGUGAUAGAAAAAAGAAAUCACAUAAAAAGCAUUCUUCACGUAAUGAUAGUUCAGAGUCUGAGAGCGAAUCCGAUAGCGAUUCCGACGAGAGUUCUUCCCGAAAGAAAUCCCGAAAUAAGUCCUCAAAAUCGAAACGCAGUCACAAUAAAGACAGUAAAAAGAGUAGUAAAAGAAGUCGAGGACACAAGUCGUCCUCAAAACGGAAUAAAUACAGCGAUUCGUCGUCUGAUUCCGACUCCGAUUCGGACGACUCCCGAAGUAGUAGUGAUAGCGAGAGUUCCGAUAGUUCUUCUAAUAGCAGUUCUCAUUACGAUUCCCGAAGUAAUCGUAAAAAUAGCGACUCUAAGAGUGACCGCCAUAGGAGACGAUCUCCUUCUCCCGGAUCGGAUCGAAAUCACAAAACCAAACCGUAUUCCGAGUCAAAG